AUGAAAGUUGCAGAGGAUCAAGUUGUUGAAGAUGAUUCUAGUUUCCAGGAUGAUGAGGAGUCUUUCUUCCAAGACAUUGAUCUCCUGCAGAAACACGGGAUAAACAUGGCAGACAUCAAAAAGCUGAAGUCAGUGGGCAUCUGCACUGUUAAGGGCAUCCAGAUGACUACCCGCAAAGCUCUGUGUAACAUCAAGGGCCUGUCAGAAGCAAAAGUGGAAAAAAUCAAGGAAGCUGCUGGAAAAAUGCUGAAUGUCGGUUUCCAGACGGCCUUUGAAUACAGCGCAAGGAGGAAGCAGGUGUUCCACGUCACAACUGGGAGCCAAGAGUUUGAUAAAUUGCUGGGUGGAGGUGUAGAGAGUAUGGCGAUCACAGAGGCCUUUGGAGAGUUUCGCACAGGAAAAACCCAGCUGUCUCACACGCUCUGUGUCACUGCUCAGUUGCCGGGCGAGGACGGAUACUCGGGCGGAAAAGUAAUCUUCAUUGACACAGAGAACACCUUUCGCCCGGACAGACUGAGAGACAUCGCUGACAGGUUUAACGUGGACCAUGAUGCCGUGCUGGACAACGUGCUUUACGCCCGAGCCUACACUAGUGAACACCAGAUGGAGCUGUUGGACUUUGUAGCAGCCAAAUUUCAUGAAGAAGGAGGCGUGUUCAAGCUGUUGAUUAUCGACUCCAUCAUGGCUCUGUUCAGAGUGGACUUCUCUGGCAGAGGGGAGCUCGCUGAGCGGCAGCAGAAACUGGCCCAGAUGCUUUCAAGGCUGCAGAAAAUCUCUGAAGAGUACAACGUAGCUGUGUUUAUUACCAACCAAAUGACAGCUGAUCCUGGAGCCGGAAUGACGUUUCAAGCUGAUCCCAAGAAGCCAAUUGGUGGGCACAUCCUGGCCCACGCUUCCACCACACGCAUCAGUUUGAGGAAGGGGCGUGGGGAGAUGAGAAUUGCCAAGAUAUUUGACAGUCCUGAUAUGCCUGAGAAUGAGGCUACGUUUGCCAUCUCUGCUGGAGGAGUUACUGAUGCCAAAGAUUGAAGUAUAAUUAAAGGAAAAGAUGAGACUUGCAU